CCGCAUCUCUUGGCUCCAAGCCUAGACCAUACCAUUAAUAUAGUCAGAUUAAACUAAGGUUAUAAAGCUAAAAAGCUUAAAUCUAGUCUCACUAAUUACAUUCAUAUAAAUGUCACCUUCUCCUAUGACUUCCAUUCCUCCAUUUUUCAUUACCUCGCUCUCAAAGUCUUCAUUCAGCCAAUUAAAAAAUACCCAAAUUAACUACAACAAUUCUCAAAAAAUCAUCAGAAUGGACCACCAAACCUACAAAGUUUGCCUUCCCUGCGAUAACACCUUUCGUGUCGAGUUGCCCCAAUUUGGCAACAUCCUUUUAUUCGUCUUCGAGCUCAUGUGUCUGUAUAGCAUAUACAAAUCCAUUAAAUUCAUUAAGAAUGUAUUCGAUUCCCUCGACACAUACGCGAGGACGUCUGAUGAGGAGUGGAGGAGGAUUAAAGAGCUCGGCGAGCGGAAUCGACAUCCUGAAUUUCAAUGCAUGGAGAAGGAUGAUCUUUCGGUCGUUGAUAAUUGGGAGGUGGUGGAGGUGGUGGACGGUAUUAAGAAACCGGAAUUAGUACACAGCGAAGAAUAAGAUCGACUGUCACAUAUUCUUUGCGGUAGAUGGAUAAGUCGGAGUGUGGUAUCGUGGGCGGAUAGGAUGGUCGUGGAUAUUUUAAUACCUUCUUCGGUUUAUAUGUUCCGGGCCAUUGCGCGGUUUCGAUAUUCCGAAAUGAACUUAGCCCAUUCCUAAAUAUAUUACGUCGGGAAAUGACUAGUUGAUGCCGAAAUAGGAAGUGGUGAGGGUAUUCACAAAUGAGCUAGCAUAUUUCGGAAUCAACGUAGUGCAUUUCAGAAUGAGGAUAUUACGCAAUGGCCUGGAACAUUUUGGGGUUAGCGAAAUCGCUAAUGACGUCAUGAA